AUGGAUCAGCUCACAGAAACUGGGGCGCCUGUGAAGCCCCCUAAGCGAGUCGCGGGGUCACAACCCCGCAUUCAUCCUUACCUUCUAAUCUGCAUAUUGUGCCUCUACUGUCUCCUGGCGGGUCCAGUGUACUUCAACUGGACCCCGAUAGCCGACUCCCUUUUUCAGAGCAAUGCGUUCCUAUGGAGGUGUACUCCGGAUGAGCUGGCAGGCCCAUCCCCAGCACACUCAUAUUCGCCACGGUGCGCUGCACAGGAGUUGGCGGUCAAUUCCUUAUUCAUGGUGGCGUCUUCAUCUCACUUUUUUUGUUCUUUCCUUGGGGGACUCUUCUUGGAUCUUCUAGGGCCUUGUAUCACGGGCAUGGUUGGGACGGGAAUAAUGUUAAUUGGCUGGGUUCUGCUGGCCACAUCGUCGCAGGCCUUUAACGCUUACACGUUCGCAGCAGUUCUCAUCGGGAUGAGUGUAGAUAUGGCAUUCUUUCCUUGCCUUUCCGCAGCCAACCUGUUCCCCAAGAAUGGCAGUACAGUAAUUGCCAUCUUGGGAUGUUUCAGAUCUCUGUCCUUUGUUGUUCCCCUCGGAAUUCGAGCAGCGGUUGUGCAGUAUGGAGUGGGCAGCUCCAUGCAAGCCCUCCUGGUGUAUGCGGGACUCUUUUUGUCUCUCUGCUUCCUUGUGGCAGUUUUCUUGCUACCGUCGAAACCCUUCAGCACGCCACAAGAGCAGCAGGAGGAACAAAUGCAUCAGAAGCCACAGGCGCUCACGGACUCCUCUACAUCCGAUCACAGAGAGGGCAGUGACCGCACAGAAUCUGCAGUGGAUGGUGGAGCUGUACGGAACCGACAGAGCUUCAUGGAACGCGCAAGCAUGCGCCUAUAUUCCUUCCGUGCAGAAUGUUGUUCCGCAGCCUAUUUGCCACUCCUCCUGCUUUUUUCAUUUUUGUUAACAAAUAUCAUCUUCUUCGUUCCAUCCGCAUCCCAUCUUCUUCCCGCAGCUUACGUGGCCAACCAAGUUAUCCAGACCUUCUCGUUUUUGCCGUGCCCCUUCUUGGGGAUGCUGGCAGAUAAGGUUGGCAUCCUGCCCGUGAUGCAUCUGACGAAUCUGUGCGGGCUCCUUUGUUACGUGUGUACUGUCGUUCCGGGCAUACCAGCAGCGACGGUGCUGCAGUAUCUCGCUUCCAUCUUGUUUGCCGUCCAGGUAUCCUUUUUUAUGAGCCAGUUGUACUGUUACGCAUCAGUCACUUUCAGUCAGGAAAAUCUGGGCAAGUUGGUUGGUUUGGUGUGCGCAACCGCUGGGCUGGUAUCGCUAGUAUCUGGUCCAAUGAGGGCUUAUGCCCUAGAUAAUGGAUUUCUCCCCAUGUGCCUCGUUGCCAUCAGCCUUGCAACCUGCAAUGUAGCCAUUUUGGUGUUCUUACAUGUCGUGCAGUACAGAAAACAGAAAAGGGAAAGAUCAAACAAGACAAAGGUUGCUGCGGGAGACCUCGAAGCCGCUACACAGUAG